UGACCUCACAUCCUGUCAACACGCUGGGUUUGGUUGGUCCUCCAUCUUGGCUGUGGCUAGCGGACUGUCUAGCAGAGAGUCUCUCCGAAGAGGAGAGGCUGAACAAACGCAACCGCUGCACAGCCAAAGGAAGCAGGACUCCCCUUCAGAACUGACCCGAACUUCAGACCAGCAAGCAGACCUGGACCCGCCCUGGUCCCAGAAUCACACACAGACCCGGUUCUGCCGGGCUGCCACAGGCUAGCCGGCUAACUUAGCCAGCGAAGAGGAACUGUUGCUUCGGUUUAGUUUGGAUCUAUGUCUGUUAAAAACAGCCGGACAAGAAGCCGUGUCAAACCGAGUCGGGCCAGAAAAGAAGGAUCCAGGACUGAGACCAGUGAUGCCGGGUGAUAGUCUGCUCAGAUAAACCAAACCUAAAGUUACACCAGCCCGCAGACAGUCCUCCAAGUUUAGGCAGGUGUUCCGGGGCGUACAGGCGGCUUCAUGACCGAACGUCCCUCACACUGACCCGGGUAACAUGUCCACCAGGACCCCCCUGCCCACUGUCAACGAGCGGGACGCCGAAAACCAUACCUCAGUGGACGAUGGGAGCGGUCAGGUGUCGUCCCGCUCCGUGCGCUCCGCUCGCUGUAAAAACCUGUCGACUGCCACAGACGAAACGCCGCACGUGGGAAACUACCGACUGCUGAAAACCAUCGGAAAGGGAAACUUCGCUAAAGUGAAGCUGGCUCGACACGUCCUGACAGGACGAGAGGUGGCGAUCAAAAUCAUUGAUAAGACCCAGCUGAACCCCAGCAGCCUGCAGAAGCUCUUCAGAGAAGUCAGAAUAAUGAAGAUCUUAAAUCACCCAAACAUCGUGAAGCUGUUUGAGGUGAUAGAGACAGAGAAGACUCUGUACCUGGUGAUGGAGUACGCCAGUGGAGGUGAAGUGUUUGACUACCUCGUAGCUCAUGGGAGGAUGAAGGAGAAGGAGGCCAGAGCUAAAUUUAGACAGAUUGUGUCUGCAGUACAGUACUGCCAUCAGAAGCACAUAGUUCACCGUGACCUUAAGGCAGAGAACCUCCUCCUCGAUGCUGACAUGAAUAUUAAAAUAGCAGACUUUGGAUUCAGUAAUGAGUUCACUGUCGGUGGGAAAUUGGACACUUUCUGUGGUUCUCCUCCAUACGCUGCUCCUGAGCUCUUCCAGGGUAAGAAGUAUGACGGUCCUGAGGUGGAUGUGUGGAGUCUGGGUGUGAUCCUCUACACUCUGGUCAGCGGAUCUCUGCCGUUUGACGGGCAGAACCUUAAGGAGCUGAGAGAGCGAGUGCUGCGUGGGAAAUACCGCAUUCCCUUCUACAUGUCGACUGACUGUGAGAACCUGCUGAAACGUUUCCUGGUGCUGAACCCUGGGAAGAGAGGGACUCUGGAGCAAAUCAUGAAGGACCGCUGGAUCAACACUGGCUCGGAUGAGGUGGAGCUGAAACCCUUCAUCGAGCCGGAGCUGGACAUCAGAGACCAGAAGAGGAUGGACAUGAUGGUGGAGAUGGGUUACUCCAGAGAGGAGAUUAAUGAUUCGCUCACCAAGAUGAAGUAUGACGACAUCACAGCCACCUACCUGCUGCUGGGACGCAAGGCUGCUGAGGUGGAGGCGAGUGACUCUUCGUCCUCGAGCAGCGUCUCUCUGCUCAGACCUCGUCCGUCCAGCAGCAGCCAGUCUCCUGCUCACCUCCUCAACCAGCGCUCCUCCUCCUCUAAACAGAGGAGGUACAGCGAACAAGUGUGUCCGGCUUCCUCUGCUGCUCCUCAUCCCCGGAGGAGUCAGACGGCGGCGUCAGCAGAAGGGGAGGUGAAACAGGAGCUGGGGGGUCAGAACAAGAAGUCCAGUCCUGUGGAUGGAGGAAGUCCUCUACUGGGAAAUGCCAACAACCCCAACAUGGCUGACAUCCCUGAGCGGAGAAAGACGCCGGCUACGCCCCCCGUGAGUUCACAUGUCAGACAGGUGAACACAGGGUGUGCAUCGUCCAGCAUGACGAGGAGGAACACGUAUGUGUGCAGCGACAGGAACUCGACAGACCACCGACACUCUGCGCUCCAGAACGGCAAAGAGAACAGCUCAACCACCACCACCCCUCAGAGGUCAGUGGGCGGAGCCUCCACCCACAGCGUCAGCAGUGGAUCGACUCCGCCCGACCGUCUGCGAUUCCCUCGGGGGACGGCGAGUCGCAGCACCUUCCACGGAGGCCAGCUGAGAGAGAGACACACCGCCACCUACAACGGCCCCCCUGCCUCGCCCAGCCUGUCGCACGACGCCACACCUCUCACCCAAUCACGUGCCAGAGGAUCCACCAACCUGUUCUCUAAACUCACCUCCAAACUCACACGCAGAGGUGUGUCAGAGGUUGAGAGGAAUGGAAGACCUGAGGGGUCCAGUCGGAAUGUAUCAUGUGAUCAGAGGGAGGAUCCCAGUUCUCCAGCUGCUCCUCCACUGAAGGAGGCGAAGCCCCGCUCCCUGAGGUUCACCUGGAGCAUGAAGACCACGUCGUCCAUGGAGCCUCAUGACAUGAUGAGGGAGAUCAGGAAAGUCCUGGACGCCAACAACUGUGACUACGAGCAGCGCGAGAACUUCCUGCUGCUCUGUGUCCAUGGAGACGGACACGCCGACAGCCUCGUCCAAUGGGAGAUGGAGGUGUGCAAACUGCCCCGCCUCUCGCUCAACGGAGUCCGCUUCAAACGGAUCUCAGGAACGUCCAUCGCCUUCAAGAACAUUGCAUCCAAAAUCGCCAACGAACUCAAGCUGUAAACAGGUAGAGAGAUGGGUCAGAGAGAGACAGACAAACAGACAGGUGGGAGAGAGACAGAGAGAGAGACGGGUAGAAACAGAGCGACAGCAGGAGGUAAACAUGUUACUGAUGAUGUCACUGUCAUGUCUGUCAUUAAAGCGCUGUUGUCUGUCUGUCUGUCUGUGUGGGGUUUCCUGCCCCCAGCAGCAGGGGCUGCUCACACUUCUACAUGACUGCUGCAGAGGAUCAUGUGACCUUGAGUCCAGUGUUAUGAAGAGAACACAGGAGCUGAUGUACGUUACUUUUAUUCUGAAAGACUGAGCUGCAGGUGUUUGACCCAGCCCGUGUGUGACUCUUCCAGUUGGUGGGCAGUGGGUGGAGCCAUGAGGUGGCUGUGGAUGUAAAUAAUUUGUCAGACACAAAUGGUUUUCAUGUUGAUUUGUUUCCUCUUUUGUACAUGUGAGCAGUCAGCUGAUUGACAGCUGAUCAGCAGCUGACUGCUGCUGUUGUUGUUUGUUAACUGAACCUCAGGUUCGUUUGUGUCUCAUUAAACGCCUUGAACGCA